ACAUUUCAGUACUUGUAUUUUAUCUGUUUUUUUACUUACAAUUCUCCUCUUAUUUUCUUAUCCAUAUGUUUCUCUUUCUCUCUUCGUUCUCCUUUGCAUUAUUCGUCCAUUUAUAUUUUUACAUUUUUUAAUCUUAUUCUCAGAUAACUUGUUUUUCUAAUUAUUGUUGUUUCUUUUUUUUUAAUUCUCGAAUGAAAUCUCUGCAUAAUUUCUGUCAUGUUUUUCACAACUUAUAUAUCGAUACUUUCAGUCAUAUUUUCUUUUCUACAUCUCUGGCUUUCCUUCUUUCUUCAUCCUUAAUUCUUUUCUCUUUCUUCAUUUUUAAUCAAACUCACUUCUUGAAGAAAAUGCUCACAAUAACACACAUACACACAUUCCAUAUUACAAAUAAAUUUAUUAUUCAAUUUUAUUUUGUCUUUUACGCAUUAAUUAUAUUAUUAUAAAACAAUUAAAAUUAUUAUAGAUUUUAAAAUUUAACUUGUAUAUUAUACAUGCUUUCGUUCUAUUGAUGUAAAAAAUUUUGUACAUCGCGUUUUUAAUGCCGUUCAAAAUCAGUUAUUGUAUGGUUAUAGAAUUGUAUGGUUAUAAUAUUGGUUAUAGAAAAUGUGUACAUACAUAAACUGAAAUUUAUAAAAAUCCAUGAUUUGACUUAUUCUUCUGUCAUCUAUCACGUGCGUUAAUGUACUGCACAAGCACUGUCGUUCAAAGACAGAAAAAACUUGGAAGAAAAAUCAAUGAGUUGAAAUACGCAAAGUUACUAAAUGAAACCGAACAAAGUGGAAGUAUAAUGUUUCUCCCCUCUUCUGUGUUUAUUCAUUAUUCUCUGUACUUUGAGUCUCAUCGAUUACUAUUCGAACUUGAUGUACUUUCUGCUUGUAUAUUAACUGUAAUAUUUUUUUUUAUUACGUUGUAGGAAACGUCGAAUAGAGAGAUGAAUGGUGAAGAUCCUUCUAACUAAAUAUUUUUUUUCUUUUUCUCUUUUUUUCUGUUUUCUAGCAUCUAAAACCGUGAGAGUAUAUAAUCAUGAUCAUAAUAUGGGUGCUUUCGAUUUCCUUGAACACGCAAUUUCCACGCAGGCUGAAAAAUUUUCUUAUGAUUAUCACUAUGAAUUUAACAUUCGAUGUGCGUGUAGUACACCUACAUUUGCUUGAAUUUUUAAAGCAAAUUGCUCAUUGCUUGACCGACCAGUAGGGUCAUCGAUUUGAGAGGUACACUUUUAAUUUUUUUUUCUACGAGCGUUACAGGAAAGCCACAGCAAUUGCAUAUGAAAUUUAAAUCUACAUGCGAAUAUUUAAUAAUUGUGAGGAGAUUAGAAUAUGUUCUUUGUUUUGCCUUCUCUCAAAGAUUUUUAUUUUGUGCAGUGACGAUCAGUACUGUACAUCGUAUGAAUGAUCAGUUUUAUUCAGUGAUACUCUUUAGUCAUACGUAUAUUUUUUUUUUUAACGGAGAUAAACAGCAAUAAAAAGGUGAAAACAAAAAGAACAUGAAACAAACACCUACAAGUACCAUUAACCGAGCCGUAGAAAUUCCGCUUCGAAUUUUUGGUAUCUGGCCAGGAUCAUCAUACAUUCCAUUCUGUAGACUAUUUUGGACGAUUAUAAUAGCGGCUACUCAAUCUUUUCAAUAUCGAUAUGUUAUUAAGCGCUUAUAUACUGUCGAUCUGUCCGAACUAAUGGAAUGCUUAAGUGUUGCCUUAACGUAUAGUCAAUUUUUUUUUAAAAUCAUCAAUUUUUGGCUUAAUCAGCGAACAUUCGGCAAGAUAUUGGCGAUGAUGGCGAUGGAUUGGAAGGAAAGCAGCAAUGCCGAUUUUAGUAAACGUGCGACAAUCAGCAAAGCCAUUUUAUCGCAUAAUAUUUCUAAUUUAUGUUUUGGUAGUGUUGUAAUAGCCGUAAUAUUCUAUAAUGUUAGCGUUUUCACUUACAACUCGUUUAAUCUAGACGAAACUGAUAUAUCCAUGCGACCGCUAAUUCUAAAGAUGGAUUUUCCAUUCAGCGGUGAUACACGAUUUGCUUAUGAAAUUAUAUUGCUUUCACAAGUUUUUUGUACAGUACUCACUGCUUGUGGCAAUGUCAUGCUGAAUACUCUCCUUAUUGUCUUGGUACUACAUUUAGGUGGCCAAAUCGAAAUUCUCAGUAAAUGGAUAACAGAAGUUAUUUCAGACGAAAACGAAUAUAAACUAAACCUAACGACAGUAAAGACAAUAAUUGAAAAACAUCAGAAUAUUAUUACUUUUUCAAAAAGUAUCGAAAAUAUAUUUUCCGACAUUGCGUUGGUUCUAUUCGUAGCAGACACUUUGACUAUCUGUGGUAGCGGUUUUGUACUUGUUACGUCCAUUGGAAGGCCUGAUACUGUUUCGAUUGUAAUGAAGAUUCUUGGAUUUUACUUUAUAAUAAAUUUUGAAGUAUUUAUGUUCUGUUUUGCUGGAGAAUACUUAAGCUCUAAGAGUAAAGUAAUCGGUGACGCUGCAUACAGUUCUCGUUGGUAUCAAUGCAAAUUUCAAGACAGCCGGGUUAUCUUGUUUCUGAUAAUGAGAUCGCAAAAUCAAAUGUCAAUUACAGUUGGGAAAUUUAUGGAUCUUUCCUUCGAACGAUUUGUCAGCGUAAGAAUACUAUUAAAAUAUUUUGUUUUAAAAAUACUUCUAAUUUUUUUUCAAAUACGAUGUUUAAUAUCUUUUACUACUUACAAUGCUGUAGUUUUUAUAAUAAAUAAAUAUUUUACACAUACGUUGAUAUGUAAUAUUAAUUGCACUUACGUAUGCCAAUUUAUUGACGAAUUCAUAAUUUUGUUAUAGAUUUUGAAAGCUUCAGCAUCCUACGUAUCAUUUAUGCUAGCAUUAUAUUGAAGACAAUGUAAGUGUUUAAUACAAUAACCGUAAUAGAAUAGUAACUUAUAUGUUAAGUAUAAACAUCGAAUAAAAGUAUUUUAUUGUAAUCG